AUGUCGCUGUUGCACCGUGCUUCGCGUGGAGGACGUGUUACGGUCGCUGAGACCCUUCUCCAGGCAGGCGCUGAUGCGAACAUACCGGGGCACCGAGGGAAAACUCCGUUGCACGAGGCCUCUCGGGCGGGCUGUGCGAGUGUUGUCUCGCUUCUGGUGAAGCACGGAGCGAAUGUCAACGCUGAAGACAGGCGAGCGAGGACCCCCCUACACUACACUACGAGCGAUGAGGUUAGGCGAGUGCUCAUCGAUGCCGGGGCGAACCCUGACGCCAGGGAUAACAUGGGAGAGAAACCGCACCUCACCGUGGGAACAAGCGAGUCUUCUUCGAGGAGGUUCGGCAGAAUCAGCGGACCGCGAAGGCUACUCGUUGACGCCUCCGACGCACACAACAGCAGAAAUAUUCCCAGAAGCAGCGAAGACAACGUCGACAAGCUACACGAUGCCCACCGAGACAGCCGGGAGCGAGAUCUCGAAACGAGUGUCGUCCGGAGACUGAAGAAAAGACGGCUCUGUGAUUGA